AUGUUAAAUAAUGUUGUAGAUCAAAGACAAUCUAUUUUUACAGCAAUUGAAAUUCUAAAUAUAUUCAUAUCAACUGUUGAUUCCGGAAAUGUUGCAACAAAGAGAUGCCAUUUAAUGAUAAAUAUCAACAAUAAUAAAGUUAAAUUUGAUAUUUUUGGUUAUGAAGAUGGUUUAAUUAAAAAAGUAAUUAAAAGUGAAGAUGUUGAUUUAAUAUUAUCGACAUUGCAGGCAAUUGCAAUAUUGACCAGUAUGGCUGAUAGCAAACCAAUUCAAGCAAUAGAAAGUGCUAAACGCUUCAUUCAUUUCGAACUUUCAAUUGAUCCUAAUAACAUUGAAGUGGAUUUACAAUCGAAAUUAGUAAAACUGUUAGCAUCUGAAAUCUAUCAUUCAUUAAUAUAUUUUGUAUUGGCGUGUAUUAAUGAUUUCAAUAAUAAUAAUGAUGAUGUUAAUAAUGUUGAUACCUAUCAGCACUAUCAAUAUCAGAUUGUAGACUACUCAAUGUCUGCUCAUGAGAGUGUUGUCAACCCUAAUAUCAGUAUUAUGGUAAAGAUGCUUCUACAUGAAUACAUAAUGUAUUACUUGGCAUGCUAUCACGAUUUCCCAAGUGAGCCAAACCAACUUGCACUGAAACAUCUCACCUUUGCUUGGCACGUUCGAAAGCCAGAUAGUCAUCGAGUAGAUCUAUCCUAUUCAUACAAGAGUUUUGAAUUCGAUUUAGAGUGUUGGAAUUUGUUUGAAUAUGAUCGACAUCUAUUAAUUCAAUCUAUUGGUUAUCCAUUACGUGAUUUCCAUAGAGAGAGAUGGCUACAUUUCCACCAUGAAGAUCAUCGUAUCAUGUCUGCAUUGGUUGAAGACAACGAUGACCUACAAUUCAUAACAUGUGUUGACUUACCUAUUCAGUCUGCAAUGUACACCGUGCAAGAUAAAUACCAAAUGCUUGAAAAAGAGAUGUUUAAUCUUGGUUUAGAAUCGUUUAUCUUAAAAGAACAAUCAAUAACAACAACACCCGACAACAACAACAACAACAAUAACAAUAACAACAUCUAUAAUCAUAAUAAGCAAACUACAACAGCAUUACCACUACCAUUACAACCACCCAGUUAUGAAGAGAGUACAAGUAGUGAUGGUCAUUAUCAAACAUCCAAUACUGAUAAUUGUCCAUUAGAUAUACUCUAUACUGAUAUUCGUCAGAGAUAUGCUAGCAGACUACCAUUUAUAAAAGAUAUUGUUAUAAGAUUCUUUAAUCUAUUUAGUAAUUCUAUUGAUAGGUAUAUCAGUAAGAUGGAAUGGUCAGGUGAUAUAUUGAAGCUAUUGGAUGGGCUAGAGUAUAUACUCGUAGAUGGUGGAUAUCAAUACAUCGGUGAUAUUGUUAAUUUCAAUAUAGAUAUCAUAAUUGGUAAUCAAAUCAAACGAUUGAGAUUCUACAAGGAUAAGAAUAAGAGUAGAAGAUCCAACCUUUCAUUGACAUCACACAGCUAUGCCAGACUUUCCGACUGUGAAGCGAUACGUUACCUCUCAAAAAAUAUCUUAUUCAAGAGAUCUAAAGAAUUGGGUGAUCUUUACUAUGACUUUCGUAAAAACAAGAAAAAGAGUAUUCUAAAAGCACUACUGAAUGCUUUUAUUACCAGUAGCCAAGUAGUAGAUAGAGAUGAUGAACAUCAAUCACUGCACGUCAAUCUUCAAGUAUCAACUAACUCUGAUAUCAUUACCGACCUAAGUUCAACCUAUAAUUAUAACAAUAGCAAUAAUAUCGAAAAUCAUGAUUAUAGUGGUGAUGAAGAAGAUGAAGAUGACUACUACUAUGAUGCAAAAGAGUAUGAAGAUGACGAAUACUACGACUAUGACGACGACGAAGAAGAAGAAGAAGAUGAUGAUCAAUAUUCUGAUGCUACAGUCGAUAAAUAUCAAUAUGGAGAGUAUGACCAAAAAUAUGAUCAAAGUUUUGGUGAAGAUUACCAAAAUGAAGAAUAUGAAGAAGACUAUCAAGAUUAUGAAGAUUAUGAAGUUGAAUAUAAUCGAAGUUUCAUUGAAUAUGUUGGUGACUUUGAUGAUGAUACUGAUAACAAAUAUGUAUUACUAUUGAUUUCAAUGAACAUGGCUCAUUGUGACGAAAGUUCAUCUGGAUCUGAAAGUUUUGGUUCGGAGUAUGUCACCUCAGAAUCAUUGUCUUAUUUCUCUGAGGAUAGCUGGAGUGAUUCAAACUCACAACCCGGUGCAGCAAGUAAAAUCGUGGUAGCUGAAGAGUCGACUCAGAAAGCGGCAGAGGUUUCAUCUGGUGGUGGAUAUACUUCUGACACGGCCAGCAACACUGGAGCAUCUGAGAGCACUGGAACAACACACUAUUUAUCUUAUACAACAACUGGUGUACCACACACUACAUUGGCUGAUGAUACAGCAGUCUCAUCUGGUGGUGGAUUUACUUCUGACAUGGCCAGCACAACCGGAACAUCUGAAAGUACUUCGGGUGCUAGCCCAACUGAAGAUACCACUUCAUCCACAACAUCUAUGACAACAAGUGAUUCAUCUUCAAUGUCGAGUGAAUCUUCUAGUUCUGAAUCUACUGUUACAACAACAACAGAUUCAACAUCAACAACAGAUGCAACAACUACAACAGAUGCAACAACAACUACCACAACAGAUGAAACAACUACGUCAACGACUGGAAACACAUGGUUUUCAACUACAUUCUGUUGA